AUGUCUGGACGACUUGUUUUGAAGGAGCUGAAGGCUGGCUUGAAUUGGAACAAAAAUAAGAAUCCCGUCACAGCGAAAACUCGGCCGAUCUAUGCGAAAAAUGGACCAAACCUUCAUUCAAAUGAUGUGCCGAUGGUCACGUCAAUCGGAAAAGAAAACACUUUUUUUGCCAAGCCAAACAAGCAGGUUGCAAGACAUAUGACAAAACGUGGUGCGUUAUUGGAAGCGCGAUCUAAGCUUCGAGGUACCAUCAGUAUCGCCCAAGUUUAUCAGAACACUUUUCGAGUCUUUUCGGCCCAGAGCAAAGUGUACCACUGCGAUUUUUUCCGGCUUCUUUAUUUUCCUCCAGAGCAUUUUUUGUCUGUGUUCCGGAAAAGUAAACCCGCCAUCAAUGUGCGCAUUGUGGGCGAGGUUUUUUUGAAUGGGAAUGUAUCUCGCAGUGAAAAUGGACGCACAGUGUCCAAUACUGCUGUUUUCGAGCAAGGAUCCCGAAUUGACAAAUACGGCAAAAGCGUUGACGUGAGUAACCUGAAAAAACUACAAUCGAUUUUCUCGCUUGAUGGCUCUAAUGUACCUCGAAACUAUGCAUAUCUGCGACGUUCGUUACGAACUUUUGUGCAUGGCUGCUUUAUUGAAAACUGGACAAAAUUGCAAGGUUCACAAGCAGUUGAGGAACAGAUUACUUACGAAGCCCAAAAUUCCGAAACAAACGGCAGCACUGAAUGGCAGUUUUUGCAGCAUGACGGUCGCACCAAACCGGGCAUUGCCAAAGAUGGGUUUUAUUUGUACCAAGUUCUAAUUUUUCCCGACGAUUCCACGAAGCACGAAUUCGAAGCCAACGUAGCACAGAGCGUACAGGCCGUGGCUAAGCUGGACUGGAAGACGUUUUUGCACGGCAAGUCCAAGACUCAGAAAUCAUGGGUUGACCAAGCCAACGAGCGGGUUCGUGUACCCGUUGUGAAUGCCUACCUGGCUCACGAGCAAGUUCCUAGAGUUCUCAAGAAGGUGUAG